AUGUUCCGCGCUCGGCCAAAUCACAUCCGUCCGUCUGAAGUCUCGGCCAAAGUCCAAACCACGGCCGAUCACGCAACACGACCCGGGAAACAUUGUCCCGCGGUCGGCCAAGCACGCCCACGCCACGCCGCGCACGACCAUGCCGCGCGAGCCGGGAACAAGCCUCGCGGCCGCGCAACCCUCGCGUACCACGGCCGAUGCAUCCGUCCGAGCCGGGAAAGAACGUCCCACGUCCGGCCGAGAAUCGGCCAAAUCUCAUCCGCUCGACCACGCCGGCCGACCGUGAAAUCAUCCGGCCACGACCCGACUGUCCGGCCGAUCGUCCCGACCGACCGUCCCAACGCCGCGGUCGACCCGAAGCCCGUUUUGAAGCCCAUUUCAUAUUUUCAAGGCCCGGCUUAA